UUGAAUAUCGAUAUUACUCCCAUCUCUAGCAACAAUGGUUGUUGUUCGAAUUCACCGCAAAUAUUGUAUAUCCCCCAGUUAAUAUAAAAUAGCGCUAGGCAGCUCCCCGCACGAUGACAACCGACGAGAGCAUAAUGGAGGAGAUGCUGGAAAGAGCAACAAAUCCGGCAAAGAAAAUCGACGAACUGGGCGUGCAAAUGUUCUGCAUUGUGGUCAAAAGCAAUGCCCAGCUGGUCCACAAGGCGCAGGAGAUGAUUGUGGCCAAGGUGCGGUCCACCAAUGUCACGGAGGCGACGCGAGCGAUUUCGCUGCUGGAGGAGUGCAUGACGCAGUGCGGCGAGGAAUUCCAGGACGAGGCGGCCAAGUUCCGCUUCCUCAACGAACUGAUCCGCCUGGUGUCCAAGAAGUACAUGGGAGCCGAGACGCCACACGAGGUGAAGCAGCGCAUCAUGGAGUGCCUGCUCCUUUGGACCACGGAGUUCCCGCAGCGCCAAAAGAUCCGCGAUGCCUACGACAUGCUGCGCAAGGAGGGGGAUAUCGAGCACGGCACUACGGAGUCGGCGGUGGCCAAGAGGGAGAGUGUCCUGGGCACCAUCGACGAGGCCAUGUUCGCCAAGCUGAUCAAGAGCAAUAACCCGGAGAACUUCAAGAGGGCCAACCUCCUGCUGCAGUACCGGAUGGCGCAGGAGGCGCGACGCAACAAUCUGCUGGCCCAGCACCGCUUGGUCCUCAGCGAGGUGCAGGAAACGAUGCAGCUGCUCAACCAGAUGCUGGACACCUACGACCCGUCCAACCAGGACGUCAACGAGACGCUGCACGAGCUUUACAAGAGCUGCAAGAAGCACAAGCCCAUCUUCCAGCAUCUGCCGCAGCUGCUGGACGACUCCGAUGCCCAGCUAGUAGCCGACACCCUGGACGCCAAUGGUGCCCUACUCACCACCAUGCAGCGCUACAAGCUCCUGGUGCCCUCGCCCACGAGGAGCACUGCUCCCGCCCUGACCACGAGUACUUUAACCACAACCGCAUCCACUGCAAAGACCACUCCCAGUGCGACCACAGCUGUCGGCUCCAACAACGCCCUGCUGCUGAACGAGCUGCUCGGGGAUUUGCUGAUCAGUGGGAGCAGCGAGGGUGCUCCGAGCACCUCAACUAUACCAAAUACCGCCAGCAGUAAUUCCAAUGCAACCACGGCCACCGGUGGGGAUCCGCUGGCCGACUUGAGUGACAUCUUCAGCAGCGCCCUGGCCGAGAGUGAGGCGAAGCAGAGCCAGAGCCAGAGCCAGCCAUUCCAGAAUGCCACCACGUUGCUGGAGCCGCAGGUCCUGAGUCCGGGCGCAACGACCGAGGGACUGGCCAAUGGCAACGGGGGCGAGGCCAGCAAAGUGCCGGGAACGGCCAGAAAGAUGCCGCAGAUCGACAUGCUCAGCGAGGAGCUCUUCCAGCAGAUCCUGCCCACCCAGGAUCGGAUGCCCAGCUUCAAACGCGAUCCCGAGAAGCUCACGCUCAACGACUUGGCCCGCGAAAGGAUGCAAGUAAAGGCGCCAGAGGAGCCAGCGAUUGCUACAGCUGCUCCUGUUCCUGCUGAUUCUGUGGAUGAUGUUCCCCUGCUCAGCGAGGAGGUUGGAAAGAACGAAGAAGUGGUGGCACCUGCUCCCGUGGCAGCUGUUCCGCCGGCCAAGACGCUUAGCGAGAUUCACGUGGACCUGGACACAAUUCAGGCCACCGGGGAGCAGCGCAUCGUCCUCGACGACGACGACAUGCAACUUAGUCUGAACUUCACCAGCGAUCGGCCCGGCCAUCGUGUGUCGGUGAUUGUGAUAUCGGCCCAGAACAAGAGCCGCCAGCCAGUGCGUGACUUUCAGUUCGAGGCCAGCGUGAAGAAGCCCUGCAAGGUGCGCCUGCUGCCGCCGACGGACAGCCAGAUGCCGCCCCACAAGCCCUUCCGCCCGGCCACGCCUAUCAACCAGGUGAUGCUCCUCCUGAAUCCCACUGGCAAGGCCGUGGAUGUCACCUGCAUCGUUGGCUAUAAGCUGGGCGACGACCCAGAUCCCAUCAAGGAAUCCAUUGUGGCCCAGGGCAUCGACUACGUGGACUAGAAUUCCAGAAACCCAGACGCAGCUUAACCCGCUCCCGUCCACUUAAAAUCCAUUAAGCCCCAAAAGUAAGAGAAGCAAGCGAUAAAAGUCAAUUGGCCACAUCUAUGUUAGUCCCGCUGUAUUUGCAUUAUCUAAAAGAUAAACUUGGUUUUAGUUUCUGUAUUGUAUGUACUUUUAUGCCCGUAAGAUUUUAUUCAAAUUGCAUUUUGCAUACACACGAUUUAGUCGUACUAUAAUUAUGUAUCAAAGGUUUAUAAAUUAUGAAAAAGUCGCUACAAAAGCCAAGCGCUCA